UUGGGCAAAACCGUCCAAUUAUUCUUCGUUCCCGUCAACCCCCUUUCUCCAUCGCCUCCGCCCAAGCCGGAGUUUCCAUUUUUCCUCGCACGAUUGAUGUUCUCGAGACCAGAUAGGUGCACGCAUCCGACUGCAAACGCCAAGGCACCCCAUGACGAUCGAGCAUGGCGGAGCUUACUUCUUGUCCUAGCUAGCGUAGGGAGAGGGGGCGCGAUCUGAUCUGAUCUGUUUCGGCGAGAUGCACAAGCGUUCCAAAUCCUGUGAGCCGUCCAGGAACGAGCAGCGCGGCGGCGUCCAUGGGGCCACGGCCUCCGACGACUCGAUCACGGGAAAGGUGGCGUCGUCGUCCUCGGCGACGGCGCAGUGCUCCACGAUGACGGUGUACCUCGUCAGGAUCAACGGCACCGAGCACCUCGUCACCGCCGUCUGGAACAAGAACAUCAUCAACCAGUCCUUCACCAUCACUAUCGAUCGCCACGGCGACGGCGCCGGCGGCGGGGCCGACGACGGAACGCUCAGCCUCAAGGUGGAGCUGAAGCCGUGGCCGUUCUGGAGCAAGAAGGGCCUCAAGAGCUUCUUCCUCGACGGCCACCGCCUGGACAUCUUCUGGGACCUCCGGUCGGCCAAGUUCCCGGCGAGCAGCCCGGAGCCGGCUAGCGGCUACUUCGUCGCGCUGGUGAGCCAGGAGCAGGUGGUGCUCACGCUCGGCGACCUCAAGAAGGACGCGUACAAGCGGAGCAAGUGCCGGCCGUCGCUGGAGGACGCCGUGCCGUUGUGCCGCCGGGAGACCGUCUUCGGCAGGCGAAGCUUCGUGGCGCGGGCGUGGCUCGACAACAGCAGGAAAGAUCACGACAUUGUCAUCGAGGCCUCGCUAGCCGGGCCAAGGGAACCUGAAAUGGCGAUCACGGUGGACGGCCGCGCCCUGGUGCAGGUCAAGAACCUUCAGUGGAAGUUCCGGGGCAACCAGACGGUGCUCGUCGACCAGUCGCCGGUGCAGGUGCUCUGGGACGUGCACGACUGGAUCUUCGCCGGCCCGGGCUCCCAGGCGGUCUUCGCCUUCAAGCCGGGUGCUCCGCCGGAGGUCGACAGCGACGAGGCCGGGUUGGAGAGCGGGAGAGGCAUUCCCGGUGACCCGGCGGAUUACAGCUUCUUUCUUCAUGCAUGGAAGACGGACUGAGGCUGGGACAUUCAUAUUCUUUUACUUUCAUGUACGGGCGAAAUGGAUUCGUUUAUAUGAAACUGAUAGCUUAUUCAAAAGGAACUUCAAAUCACUAGGCUGAAUGAGGAUAUGCUAU